AUGUACGCUCCGCACAGAGCUGUAACCUCGCUCGCGCUCGAGCAUUGCAGCGGGAGCGACGCGGAGGUCACACCGUGGCAGGCCGCGAGCGGCGCGGCAAUAGAGGUACUGCAAGCGGUAUUCGCCUGGCUGAGCGGCGGCGAGUUGUGGACGGCGGUACGCGUGUGCCGCGGCUGGCGCGCCGCCGCCGAUUCGUGGGUGUGGCGGCGGGCGCUGUUGCCGCACGCUGCGCCUGCGCAGCUCGCCGCCCUGCGCCGCGCCCGCGCCGCCGCUGCGCUUAGCUCUGCUGACAACGCCACCGGCAAUUCUGCGGUAGGUGAGUCGUGGGAGGCGUGGUCGUGGCGGCGCGAAUACUGUCUGUCGGCGGCGCGCUGGCGGCUGGCGGAGCGCACGCUGGCCGCGGGGGGCGCUGAAGUCACCCACGCCGCGCUCAGCCACGUCGGGAAUCGGCUCGCGCUCGCUGCAGACGACGCCUCGCUUACGGUGUGGGCGCGCGCGGAAGGCUGCGCACAAUGGUCGCCAUGCUGGCGGCGCAGCGAGCGCGCUCGCGGCUGGGCGGCGGCUCUGACGGUGCGGUGGGCGCCGGACGACGCGCGCCUUCUGAUAGCCGGGCCACUCGUGCUUGCCGACCGCUGGGAGCUGCUUGUCUUGAGGUUCGAUGAGAACGGCAUGGGGCGCGCGGAGGUACGGACGGAAUGCGGCGCGGGCGGCGGCUGCUGGGCCGGGCCCGCCGCCUUCUUGUCGCUGUCGCUGGGACUCCUGGCGCCCGCGCGCGCCGUCACCACAGUGUGGCUUAAUGCCGCCGACCAGGGCGUGCAGUCGGAGUUCGCGGGCGUGAGGUCGCCUGUGCUGCGCGUCUACAACGAGGCCGCCGCACACAUAACACAUAUGCUCGUUGCCGAGGUUCCAGCGCAUGAGCUAGAAGAUCUAGAGUGCCGGGAUUCCGAGAAGCGGCCCUUUGCCGAGCGCGCUGACAGCGAGAUCGAGGACAGCGCUAGCUGCCCGCGGCCCGGCUACUGGCGCGCCACGCUACCGAUUCGUGCAGAGCAUUAUGAGCGAAUUGUGUUGGCGGCCAUGGGCGCAAAAGACGGGGUGCGCGGCGCGGCGUGCGCGCUGGCCCUGUGGGCGCUGCGCACGCGUUCGCCUCCGCCGUUGCUCGCGACCGCAUCCUUGGCGGAACGCGUGCAGGCGCGUCGCGAGGCCCGGCUGGCGGCCCGCGCGCCCCCAGCACCCGACGCACCCCCUGCGCCCGUCGCACCCCCUGCGCCCCCCGCGCCCCCCGCGCCGCAGCCCAGCGAGCACGAGCUGCGCGCUCUCUGCACGCCGCCGCUUGCCACAUGCCGCCUGCCUUCUGCUAUAUUGGGCGUAGAAAUACAUGCAAAUUGA